UUGUUCGAAGAAAACAUGGCGGCAACCAAAAGAUACUUCCCGCUUUUCCUCGAGUUAUUUUUCCUUCUUUCCGUUUGCUGUCUCCCUGAACCUGGUAAAAAGCAAUUAAAUUUUAGUAAGGAACGUCAUCAUGGUGGUUUUCCUAAAACGAUGAAUAAGGGUUACACUGUCGCAAUGAAAGGGCAAUGCUCGGGUUAUAAAGGAAAAAUCUUUAUUAAAUGGCGUUUGGCAGUUUCACCAUGUGCUGAGAUGUUCUCACCUUUGGAGGAUGGUGGUGAUGAUUCAGGAGAGGACCGUGUUGGUAUAAUUUUUGAUAGUGGUUACGCCAAUCACUCGCUGAAUGGAAACUACACUGUGGAUUGUAAAGCUGCAAUACAUUUUGCGGACCAAACUGAUACGGUAAUAGAGUUGAUUCAACCCAGCCCUUCAGUUACAGAAAGUCAAGAAAAGGAUCAGGGAACAGAGGAGAAUCAAGAUGAGAAAAAUAAAACUGAUGAUCAGAAAGAGAAGGCAGACACAGAGCAAGAAAAGAAAAAGAAACCUGUUCACACUGAUGAAAAUGAAGGCAAAAAAGGAAAAGAUUCAAAAGGAGAAGAGAAACCUGACCCUGAUGUGAGUGAGAUGCUAGGAAAUGGGGAUGGGAAACCUCAGAAGACCUCUGAACGAAGAAAGAGAGAUGCAGAUGACAAACCAGAGGUGAGCAAACCAGAGGCAAGCAAACCAGACGCGAGCAAACCAGAGGUUAAACCAGAGGUUAAAACAAGUAAAUCAUCAACUGCAUCAUCUACAACAAAAGAUUCAGAGGCCACUUAUUAA